GGGGGGGGGGCGACGAUGGAGCAAUCGAGCCGGGCCAGGAGGCAGGGCCGCCCUUCCCUUCCGGCCCGCGGCUUGGGGAUCGGGCCUGGAGGCCUCGGGGUCCCACUCUGGAAGGGGGGCCCGCGCCGGUCCCUACGCAUCGCAAUCCCGCCCGCCCGCCACGCUGGCCAGGGCGCAGGUGCUGGCCCGCAGCCCCGCCCCACUAAGGCUGGAGUCCGCUCGAGCCCUGCCUCUCCAGGGGCGGGGCCGCCUGUCCCGCCCAUAAAUGGGCGGAGCCGACAAAUCCACGCCCCUCCAAGGGUGGCAUACAUCGUUACUCCGCCCCACCCGGAGGCGGAGUCAGUCUUGCCCGGCGCCAGGCCACGCUCCGCCCGCCGCCCUCAGAUCGCGCCACGAUCCAGGGUCCCGGCCUCCCGCAGGGCAAAGGCAGCUGGCGGUGUAGACGCGGGUAGCCUCGCCAUGAAGUCCCGCAGGGAUAAGCUACACAUCCCGGCCCUGACCCUCGAUCUGUCCCCGAGCAGCCAGAGCCCAGCGCUGCUCAGCCCCAGCAGCCCCUGCAGCCCCUGCAGCCCUUCGCUGGGCCUGCACCUUUGGAGCUGCCGCAGUGGGAACCGGAAAAGCUUGGUGGUAGGGACGCCAUCUCCGACGCUCUCCCGGCCCCUGUCACCCCUGUCCAUCCCAACCGCAGGCAGCAGCCCCUUGGACAGCCCUCGGAACUUCUCAGCUUCGUCCGCAAUCAACUUCCCCUUUGCCCGGAGGGCCGAUGGCAGAAGAUGGUCCCUUGCAUCCCUCCCGUCUUCUGGCUAUGGCACCAACACACCCAGCUCCACCGUCUCGUCGAGCUCAUCCUCCCGGGAGCGUCUCCACCAGCUUCCCUUCCAGCCGACGCCGGACGAGCUGCGCUUCCUGUCCAAGCAUUUCCGAAGCUCGGAGAGCGUGGUGGACGAGGAGGGUGGCCGCUCGCCCCGCCUGCGGCCCCGCUCCCGCAGCCUCAGCCCGGGCCGCGCCACCGGCAGCUUCGAUAACGAGAUUGUGAUGAUGAACCACGUGUACCGGGAGCGGUUCCCCAAGGCCACCGCCCAGAUGGAGGGCCGGCUGCAGGAAUUCCUGGCCGCCUCCGCGCCCGGCGCCCGGCUGGCCCUGGCCGACGGGGUCCUGGGCUUCAUCCACCACCAGAUUGUGGAGCUGGCCCGGGACUGCCUGGCCAAGUCCGCCGAGGCGCUGGUCACCUCGCGCUACUUCCUGGAGAUGCAGGAGAAGCUGGAGCGGCUGCUGCAGGACGCUCAUGAGCGCUCCGACAGCGAGGAGGUGGGCUUCAUCCUCCAGCUGGUCCGGAAGCUGCUGAUCAUCAUCGCGAGGCCUGCUCGGCUCCUGGAGUGCCUGGAGUUCGACCCCGAGGAGUUCUACCACUUUCUGGAGGCGGCCGAGGGCCAGGCGCGUGAGGGCCAGGGCAUCAAGACUGACCUGCCGCAGUACAUCAUCGGGCAGCUGGGCCUGGCCAAGGACCCGCUGGAGGAGAUUGUGCCUCUGAACGACAUCGACAGAGGACAGCCCCCUGCACCAGAGUCACCAGAGAACCGUGCCCUGGGCGGCCCGUCUCGGAGAAAGCCAUGUGAGAGCGACUUUGAGACCAUCAAGCUCAUCAGCAACGGGGCCUAUGGGGCCGUGUACCUGGUGCGGCACCGAGACACGCGGCAGCGCUUCGCCAUCAAGAAGAUCAACAAGCAAAACCUGAUGCUGCGGAACCAGAUCCAGCAGGUGUUUGUGGAGCGCGACAUCCUCACCUUCGCGGAGAACCCCUUCGUGGUCAGCAUGUUCUGCUCCUUCGAGACGCGGCGCCACCUGUGCAUGGUCAUGGAGUACGUGGAAGGCGGUGACUGUGCCACACUACUGAAGAACAUGGGCCCCCUGCCGGUGGACAUGGCGCGCAUGUACUUCGCGGAGACCGUGCUGGCGCUCGAGUACCUGCACAACUAUGGCAUCGUGCACCGUGACCUCAAGCCUGACAACCUGCUCAUCACCUCACUGGGCCACAUCAAGCUGACCGACUUCGGGCUGUCCAAGAUCGGGCUCAUGAGCAUGGCCACCAACCUGUAUGAGGGCCACAUCGAGAAGGACGCACGCGAGUUCGUGGACAAGCAGGUGUGUGGGACCCCCGAAUACAUCGCUCCCGAGGUCAUCUUCCGCCAGGGCUAUGGGAAGCCGGUAGACUGGUGGGCCAUGGGCGUCAUCCUCUACGAGUUCCUGGUGGGCUGCGUGCCGUUCUUCGGGGACACGCCGGAGGAGCUGUUCGGGCAGGUGCUCAGCGAUGAGAUCAUGUGGCCGGAAGGGGAAGAGGCGCUUCCCACUGAUGCCCAAGACCUCAUCACCAGGCUGCUGCGGCAGAGUCCGAUGGACCGUCUGGGCACUGGUGGCACCCACGAGGUCAAGCAGCAUCUCUUCUUCCUGGGCCUGGACUGGGCAGGGCUCCUGCGACACAAAGCCGAGUUCGUGCCGCAGCUGGAGGCCGAGGAUGACACCAGCUACUUCGACACGCGCUCGGAACGCUACCGCCACCUGGGCUCCGAGGAGGACGAGACCAACGAUGAGGAGUCCUCCACCGAGAUUCCGAAGUUCUCCUCCUGCUCCCACCGCUUCAGCAAGGUCUACAGCAGCUCUGAGUUCCUGGCUGUACAGCCAGCCCCCACCUUCACCGAAAGGAGCUUCAGUGUGGACCGAGAGGAGGGGUGGGAACGCGGCGGUGAGGGGGACAGUGGCCACCCGCUGAGCACUGAGGUCCGGCUGCGGUCCUGGACAUCCUCCGGGUCCUCCUGUCACUCAGCAUCGCCCCAGCCUGCGCGGGGCCCCAGCCCAUCACUCCUGAGCAACAUCAGCCUGGACAUGAUGCCCAAGUUUGCCUUCUCAUCAGAAGAUGAGGGAGCAGGCCCAGCCCCUGUGGACCCCAAAAAGCCUGUCUUCAUUCUGGGGGAGCCUGAUCCACCACCGCCAACCACCCCAGUAACACCCAAACCCUCAAGCCUUUCUGCCGACACAGCAGCCCUCAGCCCCUCGAGGCUUCGGAGCAACAGCACGGGUGCCCGGCACUCCACGCCCCGAACCCUGGACGCUGGCCGGGGCCGCCGCCUGGGGCCAAGCCGAGACCUUGCCUGCGACAAGACGAAGGCCAGCCCCGGCGGGGGCGGGGGCGGCGGCGGAGGGCGUGUGCCCAAGUCAGCGUCUGUCUCGGCUCUGUCUCUCGUCAUCACCGCAGACGACGGCAGCGGCGGCCCCCUUAUGAGCCCCCUGUCCCCGCGUUCGCUGUCCUCGAACCCGUCCUCCCGAGACUCCUCACCGAGCCGGGACCCGUCGCCCAUGUGCAGCAGCCUGCGGCCCCCCGUGGUCAUCCACAGCUCAGGCAAGAAGUAUGGCUUCAGCCUGCGUGCCAUUCGCGUCUACAUGGGCGACAGCAACGUCUACACAGUGCACCACGUCGUCUGGAGCGUGGAGGAGGGGAGCCCCGCCCAGGAGGCCGGGCUGCGUGCUGGGGACCUCAUCACACACAUCAACGGCGAGUCCGUGCUGGGACUGGUGCACAGGGACGUCGUGGAGCUGCUGCUGAAGAGCGGGAAUAAGAUCUCGCUGAGGACCACGGCGCUGGAGAACACGUCCAUCAGGGUGGGCCCAGCGCGCAAGGAUGCGGCCAAGGGGCGCAUGGCGCGGCGCAGUAAGCGCAGCCGGCGGCGGGAGACGCAGGACCGGCGGAAGUCUCUGUUCAAGAAGAUCUCGAAGCAGUCGUCUGUCCUGCACACCAGCCGCAGCUUCUCCUCUGGCCUCCACCACUCGCUGUCCUCCAGCGAGAGCCUGCCGGGGUCCCCCACCCACAGCCUGUCGCCCAGCCCCACCACACCCUGCCGCAGCCCGGCGCCCGACGGCAGCACCAACACAGACACCACGUCCCCGCCCAGCGUGUCCCCGAGCUCCAGCAGCCCCGCGUCCCCGGCCACCGCUAGCCACGCCCGCCCCAGCUCCCUGCACGGCCUGGCCGCCAAGCUGGGGCCGCCGCGGCACAAGGGUGGGCGCCGCAAGUCCACCAGCAGCAUCCCGCCCUCGCCGCUGGCCUGCCCACCCUUGCCCGCGCCGCUGCCCCGCUCGCCUGCGCCCGGGUCCCCGCGCCUGCGCCGGGGGCAGUCGGCCGACAAGCCGGGCACAGGCGAGCGGCCGGACCCCGAGCUGGUGGUCAUGCGGCGGCUGCACCUGUCCGAGCGCCGCGACUCCUUCAAGAAGCAGGAGGCCGUGCAGGAGGUGAGCUUCGACGACGAGCCGCCACCCGCGCCCGCGCCCGUGCCGCGCAUCGCCGUGCAGGGUGCCGAGCCGGCGCGCGCGGCCGGGGACUGAGCCGCGCGCACUGAGGGGUCCGGGCCGGGACGCGCGCGGCCGCCUUGUACAUAGCGAACCCGCCACUAAUUUAUUACUUUUUCUAAGCAAUAGCCGGGCUGAGCCACCCGCGGGUGGCCACCAGGGCCCCGGCCAAGCUGGGAAGCAAGCACUUUGGACAGCUCGUCUUCGUGCGCGGGCUCUAGUCUCCCCGUCCCUCUGAAGUUUUUGUGUGCAUUAGUGUUCAAUCCUGACCCAAGACCGAGCUCACGCGUCCGGGCCUAGUUUGGCUAUGACUUGCAGGGUCUGCAAACGAUGUCCCUCCCUUCCAAAACCAUAAGGGACUGGAGUCUGAAGACCACAUCCCACUGUUCUGGCUGCUGUCCUUGCUACAGUGUGACUCCAGUCUUUCAGGCUUUAGCCUGCGGAAAGGCCAUGGGACCUGGGGCUUUGAUGGAUAAGUAGGAGUUCACCAGUUUAGGUAGUGAGUCAGGGAUGCCCUGGGAGGUGCCAGUCUGACCUCAGAGGGCACUGCUGAGGUGGGAGGAAGGUGCCCCGCCCACCAUGUGUCCAGGGUGGUCCCCUCAUGUGUCCGGCCUCCCUAGGAUGAGCGUACAGUGGGGCAGCCCAGCUUCUCAGGCAGGGAGGCCCAGGUUUGAGUUUCAGCUUCACUGUGUGGCUCUGGGAAAGUGGCUUUCCCGCUCUGUGCCUCAGUUUCCUUUUGUUUACAAAACUAAUCCCAACGACUAUGUAUCAAGAGCCUGCUGUGUGUGCCAAGCGCUUCGCUCGUGGCUCCUCCCUCAGCCAGCAGGGAGAAGGCCAAAGGUGGCGACCUUGUCCCCUCUGCGGCCCAAGCAGCUGAGGCUCGACCAGGGGCAGGCUCUGGUCCCUGGACCGAGCAGCAAAAGGCUGGUGGAAGGGACCCUCGACCACGUGGCCCGCCCCACCCAAUGGGGUGCUGUGUGGAUCCUGCCCCCUCCUCUUCCCCAUGAUGCUCUGCCCACCUGGUGAGGGAGAUUCCUAGGCGCUGCGUCCCUCCCACAGCCCCCGCCCAGCCCUGCCUGGUGUUGGAGGAUAAACCAAGGCUGUGCAUGACUUGCUCCUCCUUCCAUCCUGGAGCUGGCAGUGAAUAAAAGCCCACAUUUACAAAGAGGA